AUGGAAGCUUAUGUUGCUCUGCUUUCUCUUGCGCACACCAUAGAUCAGAUCCAAAAUCACCCUCGCCCUCCCAUCACCUUCGACAAAUUACAAAUCAAAUCUCUUAUAGAAAUGGUUACUUAUUUGCUGCAUUUUCUCGAAAACUAUGCCAUUGAUGAUGCAGAUUGCUUGGUGGGGCGUAUGGCCGAUUCAGCUCACAAAGCAGAGGAUAUAAUAGAGUCCUAUAUUGCCGAUCAAAUUACGGCUCGUGGGGAAGCUAACAUCAGCUCGAACGAUGACGAUUUUUUUUAUGGAGAGUUACAGAAAGUGAUGCGCGACUUGGAUUCCAUCACAAAAGACGUGGUUGCUAUUAAAGAUAAGAAGACGAGACAAGAAAAUAUUACUCCUUGCAGGGAAGAUGACACCGUGGUGGGUUCCGAUGAUGUCAUGAACGACAUCAUGGAUAAGCUGAACGGUCCUUCUUCCAAGGGGGACGGCACAAUGGUGGGUUCCGAUGAUGUCAUGUACGACGUCAUGGACAAGCUGACCGGUCAACAAUCCAGCCGUCAGAUCAUUGCAAUUGCAGGCAUGGGUGGCAUUGGUAAGACCACUCUUGCAAAAAGUAUUUACGAACAUCCACUUAUUGUGGAACAAUUUGAUAUUCGCGGUUGGGCUACAAUCUCUCAAGAAUUUGAUUCCAAAGGGAUUCUGUUACAAGUCCUUCAUUGUUGUAAAACUAUUGGGAGUGGGGAACACUCUGACCGAAUGAGUGAACAUGAAUUAGGAGUAACACUGCAUAAAAGGUUAUUUGGCCGCCGUUAUCUUAUCGUGAUGGAUGACAUUUGGGUUACAGACGCAUGGCAUAAGGUGAAAUCCUUCUUUCCAGAUAACAACAACGGGAGCAGAGUAUUGAUAACCACUAGGCUAUUGGAAGUUGCUUUGCAGCUGGAUAGCCCAGAUUAUUUUCAGAUGAGUUUUCUGAAUUCUGAAAAAAGCUGGAAACUGCUGCGUAGGUGUGUUUUUGAGGAACAAGGGUGCCCGCCGGAAUUGGAAGAGAUUGGGAAGGACAUUGCCAAGAACUGCGGAGGCCUUCCAUUGUCAAUUGUCGUGAUCGGAGGACUCCUAGCAAAGUCCAAACAAACACGGGAAAACUGGCAACACGUUUUACAAAAUUUAAGCUCAAUUGUGAAUUUAGAGGAGGACGAGCGUUGCUUUAGAAUACUAAAGUUGAGCUACAAUCAACUGCCGGUCCACCUGAAGCCGUGUUUUCUCUACAUGGGCAUGUUCCCGGAGGACCACAGUAUUCACGUCCCCACGCUCAUCAAACUAUGGGUUGAUGAAGGAUUCGUGAAACCGGUGGCCGGUAAAAGCUUGGAAUCAAUUGCAAGAGAGGUGUACCUACAUGGUCUCCUCAUCAGAAACCUAAUCUUGGUUCGUGAGUUAGGCCCUACUCAAAGAAUAAAACGGUGUGCCAUCCACGAUCUGCUGAGAGACCUCUGCAUAAAGGUAGCCGAGAAAUACAAAUUCUUCCGCACGACACAAAACCUUAAUAAUGUCCACGACAAAAGCUGGUGCAACCAACGCCGUAUCGGCAUUCACGAAACUGGAUCAAAGUUUUAUCAAAUUCCCCAUCCACUCCCUGAAGAUUUGCGAUCCGCAUCACGCGCACGAACUCUGAUAUUGAAAGUCAGGGGAUGUGUACCACUUAUAGCUUCUUUUAGAUUGCUUAGGGUUCUCAAAGGAAUAGAUAACUCACAUUUUACCUACGGUGCAGAUUAUUUUGGACCUGUCAACUUGUGCCACCUGCAUGCCGCCAGUGCGUUUAUUUUGCAUUUGCCUAUGGAAGUAUUUUACCGACUCUGGAAUCUACGGACGUUAAUAUUUGUGAACAGGUUUGAGUGGUGGGUGAUGGACAUCUGGCGGAUGCCCCAACUCAGGCACGUCAAUGUAGAGAGACUCCGGCUCACGGAUCCUCCUGAAGAAAAUGAUGGGGUGUUGGAGAAGCUAGAGACGCUCAAGAAAGUAGAUAACUUCAAGUGCAGUGAGGAAGUGGUUGAGAGAAUCCACAAUAUCAAGAAGCUCGGAAUAACAUUCAUGGAGAAAGAGGAAUUAUCACCGGGUGAUUAUGGUCUCGACAAUCUCUGUAGGCUACGCAAGCUGGAGUGCCUUUCAAUUUCAUGGAAUUCAUUACUCUCUCAACGAAUUGAGGUGACGUCGUUCCCGAUUACGCUCAGGAAGCUGACUCUGGAAGGCAUGCGGCUGGGGUGGGAGAAGAUGGGGACAAAGAUAGGGUCGUUGCUAUAUCUCGAGGUCCUCAAGCUAAAUAAUAACGCGUUCGUGGGGCCCGAGUGGGAAACAGCCGUGGGUGGAUUCCCGAGCCUGAAAUACUUGCAAAUCGACAACUCAGCAGUCUGGAACAGUGGAGGGCAGACGCCACGCACUUCCCCAGCCUCGAGCGGCUCGACCUGCGGUAUCUAG